AUGGUUUCCUUUCAAGAUAUUUCUUCCUGGAAGGCCCCUUGCGGUCCACUAGCAUGUGCGAACGCGUUCGACAGAGUUCUUAACGACCUUGACGCGGUUGUUGGACACGACCCUGCGCCUCGCAUCGCCAAGCCAUUUGCCAAGACUCUGACCACAUUGCGGCAAGAUGCGAAACGCGCUGCGGAGGAGCUCGCGUUCAGGUCCAGGUGCGGGAUCGCGGACGGCCAUGGGGGGGAUGCUCAUGGCCAUGAACGUUUGAGGUCGCACGAACAGCCGGCGGGAUCACAUGUUUCGGGUCGCGAUGCACUCGCACUCAAUACAGCGCUUGCCCUCGCAAACGCAGGGGAGGGGGAGCAGGGGAAGCCGGACAAGGAGGAGGGCUCGAGCUCUGACCGCGACGAGGACGCCCCUGUGAACGCGACGCAGGGUCUAGGUGCCAAGAAGGCGCGGGAGGAGGCCGACGAGGCAGAGGGACAGGGUCGCGGACUGGACGAAGGGGACGCUGCGGAGGAUAACCAGCGCGGUGAUUUGGAGUUGGAGGGUUCGGAAGAACUGGAGGGGGAAGAGGACGACGAAGAGGAUGAGGAAGAGGAGGAAGAGGUGGAGGAAACCCUCGCGACCAACAAUGCCGGGCGGGCGGCGAGCGCGGUCGUGGGUGCAGGGAAGAGUAUUCGUGGUCUGCAGGCUGUGCUGUCCCCCCAUCACGGUAGCGCGGCCCCGUCUACAGAGUAUGCGGGCAAGAGUCUGGUCGCCGGCAAGCGUAAACACUCGGAGCUGGUGAAGAUGGAUCCUGCUAAGCUGGCCGCGGAGAUCCUCCUCUUGGACGAGCAUGUGAAAAAUCAGAAGCGCAAGCUGGACGAGGUCGUGUCCGCAAAGCCAGGCACAGAACACACGGUGGUGAUCACGCAGAGCUACGACGAGCUCGAGGCUACGGUGGAGAAGGUGCUACUUCACGUGCAGAACACGGAACGGGUGAUGCGCAGGGAAGCCAAGCUGGCCGCGAAAGACAGGGCGGAGAAUCGCGACAUGCGGGAGAUGCUGAAACGCGCUGCUGUCCGCUUGGAAGAUUGUGCGGCUAGCAUGAAGGGGGUGGUUGUGGACUCCAUGGAGAACGCCUUGAAGAAGCUGACGGAUGAGGUCGCCCGUAAGAUCGACGGCGCGUCAUCCAACAUCGCGGGAACCGCCGAGAAAGCGAUCACCACAAGCGGCGUCACCAACUCUCUCAACAUCAUCAUCGCGAUGCUUUCCGGGCGUGACGCACCGCGACUAGUCACCGAUGGGCCGCAGGGGAAGGAGUCACACGAGGUCGCAAAGAAAGAGGUAGGGAAGAGGGUCGCGGAGAAAGAAACGGUGAAGAGGGAGACAGGGAAGAAGGCUCCGGACAAGGACACAGGUAAGAGGGUCGCGGACAAGGACACAGGGAAGGGUGAGAGCAGCAGGGGAGGGAAGCGGCAGAAAGGUCCCGUGGCGACUAGCGUCACAGAUCUCCUUAAGAUAGGGGGCGCGGUCGUCGUGCGUGCAGCGGGAACCACCAGGGUGGAUGCGGCUGCCGGACCACCGCCUGCCCCCUCGGCGGUUGAAGCUGCUAAAGGCAAGGACAAGGUCGAGGACGCCCCGCCAAACACCACCCCCACCACUACCGCCAACACGACCGCGAUAGUGCCCGCGGCUGGUAACACCUCCGCGGUUGCUAAUGGACAGCCUGGACCCAGCUCCAUCGCCUCUGCAGAUGUGAAGGCGAAGAAUCAGGGCCGCGGUGGUUGUAAGCCGCCUCCGGCCGCGUUGAAGGCGGAACACGAGGACGACGACGACUCGGACGAGAAUGAUGUUGUUGAGCUGAAGAUUGUCCCCGGCCUCAAGCUGACUGCACAGCAGAGGAGUGAGUGGGCCGAGGACAUCUCCGCGGCCGGGACGAUGUGCACCGGGCUAUUCGCCACCAUGCACCUCCGCAACCUUUGCGGCAAUGUUGACAGGUACCACCACACGUUCAAGGCCUACCGCGACUUCACCCGUCCCGGUUCCACCCUCGGUAACGCGGUCGCUUGGGCAACCGCGGUGGGAAAGGAGGCUGCAGACGAGGAGCCCGAUGUCACCGGGGACCAAGUGGGCCUGUUUGCUGGCGCGGUCGCGUGCGCCAUAGCCAUGGUGUGGGAAACCUGCAACGGUCUCGAUCUCGAGGGGGUCACGGAUGCUGGAUACGUCGCGGCGCAGUGUGCCGGCACUCCAGAAGAGAAGGCCCGUGGUCACGUAUCGAUUGUGACCGCGGUAUUCAAGUGGGCCAAGAAGGAGAGUGCUCGCAAGCAAGCACCCGAGGUCACACCGAAACAGAUCGCGGAGAAGAUAGAGACCGUUGUGGUGAACCGCCUUGGUGCGCGACUUGGGGACCCCACAUUGGUCGGUAUGGUCGCGCACGAGGCAGUAGAUGUGCUGAUGACCUGGUGCGACUGCAAGAUCGUGGCCAAGGCGAUGGGGACCAACGGUCUCUAUCUUGCACUAUCAGACAAGCGUCUGUCCGCGAAGAAGAGGUCCGCGUGA